CGGCGGUGACGCAACAUCCUGCUGUGUCUUUCUCGCAUCGAAGGUUCAAUUUUCGCUCGCAGAAAACUAUAGUUUCUGGAGGAAAAGGGUCUAAAGUGGGCCGAUUGUGACACGUGUCAGAGAUGCCGGGCCUCAGCUGUAGGUUUUAUCAGCACCGCUUCCCCGAGGUGGAGGACGUGGUGAUGGUGAACGUCCACUCUAUCGCUGAGAUGGGUGCGUAUGUGAGUCUCCUGGAGUACAACAACAUCGAGGGCAUGAUCCUGCUGAGCGAACUGUCCCGCAGACGCAUCCGCUCCAUCAACAAACUCAUCCGCAUCGGACGCAACGAGUGUGUGGUGGUCAUCAGAGUGGACAAAGAGAAGGGAUACAUUGAUUUGUCCAAGAGAAGAGUGUCUCCGGAAGAAGCCAUCAAGUGUGAGGAUAAAUUCACCAAAUCUAAAACCGUGUACAGUAUUUUACGGCAUGUGGCUGAAGUGUUGGAGUACACCAAGGACGAACAGCUGGAGAGUUUGUUCCAGCGAACCGCUUGGGUGUUUGACGAGAAGUACAAGAAACCUGGAUACGGCGCCUACGACGUCUUCAAGCAGGCCGUGUCUGAUCCCUCCAUCCUGGAUGGUUUGGAUCUUACGGAGGAGGAGAGGAACGUGCUCAUCGACAACAUCAACAGACGCCUCACUCCACAAGCGGUCAAAAUCAGAGCAGACAUUGAGGUGGCGUGUUAUGGAUAUGAAGGCAUUGAUGCUGUCAGAGACGCUCUGAAGGCGGGGCUUAACUGCUCCACAGAGGCCAUGCCAAUCAAGAUCAACCUGAUCGCACCGCCGCGAUACGUCAUGACCACCACCACACUGGAGCGCACCGAGGGUCUGUCAGUGCUCCACCAGGCCAUGACCGCCAUCAAGGAGCGCAUCGAGGAGAAGCGAGGAGUCUUCAAUGUCCAGAUGGAGCCCAAAGUGGUGACGGACACAGACGAGACCGAACUGCAGCGACAGCUCGAGCGUCUGGAGCGAGAGAACGCAGAGGUGGACGGAGACGACGACGCCGAGGAGAUGGAGGCCAAGACAGACGAGUAGUGCUUCAGAUGAACUGAUUUCAACUUUGACACAAACCUCACACUGAUGUUCUGAACCGGUGGCCUUUUAACCCUUCACAGCUAGGAUGAAUAUUAACAUUUCAGCUGUUUCACCAAUGCAGAGUGAAGACGGUAAGGAUCUCGCUCUGCUUCGAUCUCAGUAAGAAAUCUGGAAAGUUGUUGGACGCUUUGUAUUCUUUUGCAUCUGUAUUUAUUGACAUGCUGCAAAGCUACUGAUUGAGUGAACAUUUGAUUUAAAAUAUCUAGUCAAAAACAUACUUCAAUGAAACUUAAACGUUUUCAAAAUUGGUGUCUAAAUGACAUUUCAUUGUUUUGUUUUUUAUUUUUUACCUAAAAGGAAAUUUCUUAAAAAUUCUGAUUUAGGCAUUUUGAAUUAUUUUCAAAUGCAAAAUGAAUUAAUUCAAAUGUUUUUAGACAAAAUCUAGGUUUGGUCAAGGAGGGAGGAAAAAUUCCCAGCAAAUAUUUGUGAUUAUUGAUGAAUUAAAUCAGCAUCUCAUGUUGAUAA